ACGCUCUCUCCCUGUCAUACGGCUACUGCGCAUACCUCUCAGAUAAGCUGCACCAGGCUGAGUGUCAGUUACAGAGUACAGGCUCUCUUCCAGGCUUUCUGGCAGCAGUGAAGCAACGCUAUGCCUCUGCCCACCGUCUCCCGACUGUUCAGGAGCGCGCUGAGGACUCAGCUGGUCUCUGUGGCUAAUGUGACGACCAAACCUGCUAAACACACCGUAACUGCAGGGGAGCAGGUAAUCGCUAUGACGGUCCUUUUUGUGGCCAUCUUGGGUCCCUCUGGCUGGGUACUGGCUCACCUGGAGGACUACAAGAAGAAGGAAUAGAAGAAGAGGUGGAAGACCAAACGCUCACAUGAAGACCAGUCAGCACUCUCUUCCCUGUUCUUCACCAGCUGUUGAGAUGACAUGUUGAUCUUCUCUUUCCAAAUGGUUUUUGCACUGACUUGCGAUAAUAUGUUCACAUGUCCGCAUACAAACAUUAUCAAUAAAUGCAUGUUCAGUCCACAGAAAA